AUGCCCCGUUUAGCACGUGAAGUAGCAGCAGAACGUGAAAUGCCUCGAUUCAUGAUGGAUCCACAGGCGAUGCAUCCUCCGCAACCGGAACCUCAGCAACCCGAGGAACCGCAACCAAUGAUGCCGAUGAUGCCGAUGCACCGCAUUCAUCCAAUGGUGAUGAUGAUGCUGAUGCGAGGCGGAAUGCCGAUCAUCCCACCACACAUGAUGCAACCCAGAAUUGCGCAGAUGCACCCGCUUAUGUUCACACCGCAACAGCAACCACAGAUGAUUCAGCAACCGAUGAUGCCACCUCAAGUGAAUUUGGAUGGAUUUUCAAAAUUCGUUAAAAAUGGUUUCACUACUACUACUACUAGGUACCAAGAAUUGCAAACAGGUCACUCUUAG